GUAUAAGACUAACAUGUCAGCGCCCAUGUAUUUUACCAGCUGGGAUUUGAGGCGAGAAAAGACUGUGCUAUGUCUGGAUUUAUUGCUGUUCAUCUAGGUGCAGGAUAUCAUUCACCUGAGAGGAAAUGUGAAUACAAUGAUACUGUGAAUAAAGCAUGCCAACAGGCAAUAUCUCUGCUGAAAGAUGGUGCAAGUGCAGUGGAUGCAGUUUCUGUAGCAGUAUCAACUCUUGAGGAUAGUCCCUGUACAAAUGCUGGCCUUGGAUCCAACCUGACUAUAGAGGGUAGUGUUGAGUGUGAUGCUGGAAUCAUGGAUGGAGACUCUCUGCAUUUUGGAGCUGUUGGGGCAUUAGGAGGAAUACGGAACCCAGUUAAAGUAGCCAAAGCUUUAUUGUGUGAACAGUGCAAAGGACUGAUGUCUUAUGGUCGAAUUCCACCAUGUGUAAUGGUUGGGAAUGGCGCCCUCCAGUGGGCUCGAGAUCAUGGUUUCAAGGAGGUCAACACAAGUUCCCUAAUCACACCAAAGGCUCUUUCUUCCUAUCGGAAACACAAGAGGGCGCUGUCAGAGUAUAGCACCUUACCACUAGAUCAGCAAGAAACACCUCCAAAGAGAGUGAAGGGAGAUAGGCCCCAAGUGAUAGAGAGGGACACCAUGCUAGACACAGUUGGUGCAGUAUGCGUGGACAGCAGAGGUCAAAUUGCUAGUGCUGUGUCCAGUGGGGGUAUAGCCCUUAAACACCCAGGAAGAGUGGGACAUGCAAUGUUUAUUGGUUGUGGAUGCUGGGCACAGUCCCACACACAGACAUCUUCAUCAGUGAGUGUUGGAUGCAGUACAUCAGGAAGCGGAGAGCAGCUUCUAAGAUGCAAUCUAGCCCGGGCAUGCUGUGAGGGCCUCCUUCAAAGUGAAGAUCCUACCUCUUCACUUGGCAGCACUUUUCAGAGUCAAUAUUUAAAAUCACCUCUUUUGCCUGAUGAUGCAGCAAGGCUUGGUGGAGCUAUCGCAGUCAGGUACAACCACACAGACAGAGAUGCAGAGAUUCUCUGGACACACUCCACAGAUAGUCUCUGUCUGGGCUACAUGGACACCACACAGAUCAAAGCAAAGAUGGUGAUAUCAAGAUUACCUACAGGAGCCAAAGCAGGAUCCACCUAUACCCUAGGUGGAGCCACAGUUCAACUGCCUUUGAGUGAAGAACCACCUUGAUGAUGGCUAAACUACCUCCAUUCAACUAAGGCUGUCUUACUCAUAAUCAUCAUGGAAUGGGUACUGUAAAGGUUAGCGACAGGUCAUGAGCCUGCGAAGGAGCCUCAGGUACCUGACAAGUAGCUAUCAACUUCUUGAUGGACAGGCUCCAUGCUGUUGUUUUCAUUAUCUCAAUUUUGCAGGAGCAACAAAAGAAAACCAACUCUUGUGUGCGAGAGCCAUAUGUUGUCCAAUGUGAACCAGCUGGAGCACAAGCAGGAGCCCUUAGAAGCACAAGAAUACCCUGUCAAUGGUGAUACUUCAUGCCAAUGCUCUUGUAUUCCUACAAUUUUGAUGAUACUCCUGUUGCGGUGGUGUGUCCACAUUGCUCCUGCAUGAGCAAAUAUGUUCUCCACAGGGAGCCAUCUAAUCAAGUUGAACUAUAGUAAGUUGAUGGUAGAGAAUGUUUAAUGAAGGAUGAGUCCAUAGUUAUUUAUCAAAGUAAAUGUCAGCUCAAGCAGCAGUCACUCUCAAGACCAACUUUUUAUUAAAUACAUGCUUGACACUAAUCUCACCUCCAAUCAUAAUAUACAGUAUUAAAGAAAACACCCAUGAAUUAUCUGUUUUUAUAGAAAUUUAUUUCAUCUUGGUUUUUUUUUACAUGAACAAUCAAAUUCAAUGACAAUCAUAGACAAUUGAAAUUUGAAUCAUUUGGCAAAGACAUAAUGAAUUUCAUCAGAAUCUGAUGAUAUGAUGAGAUAGUACAUCCAAAUUUUCAACUUUAUUGCUGAUAGUAAAACCUGCUUGAUUAAUAUGUUUAAUAAACUCAGAUUGACAACACACAGCACCAUCUUGUUGAGCUCAUUUUGUGUUACAUCAUGGAAAGGAAUAGACAACAUAUAGAUAUCAGGUUAGUCAUUACAACAUACCCUUUAAUAUUUUUGUAAAAAUAUUCAUAAAGUAAAACUUUAUGAACAUCCAGACAUCAUAAAACAAAGAGUUAUAAUAGAAUAUCAGUUGCAAUUUGAUAUGGUAAUUGAUAUAUGGCAAUUCAAGUGUGAUGAAUCUGUUUCAAUCACAUAUAAAGUUAAAGUUAAAUCUGCUGAUGCUUUUUUUAGAAUAACUUUCCUUGUUACUACCAUGUAUACUAUUUUUUCACAAUUGGAAUUUUAUAAAAUACUGUCAAAUAUAUAUGAGUCAUACAUAAUGUCACUCAUAACGUCAGUAGUGAUACUGUCUCACUUAAUCUCAUACUAUCAUUAUCAAUGGUCUUCUUCAAUCUCAGUGAUAUAUAAUUUUGUUUAUCUCUUGUGGUAAACAUAUGAGUAUUUGUUGAUAAAAUGUACAACCUAAAAAUAUUGAUUGAAUCCUACCAAAACAAUGUUACUACAAAGUAUCUUAUUUGGCACUUCCAAAACAGAAUAAAUUUCUGUAUGUUGGGAAAGGAACACACACAAUAUGUGUAAUAAUUAUUUUUUUCUUGAUAAUUUAUAUCAAUAUUCUAUUGAAUCUAAUUCUUGUCAGAUUCAAAGAUUGUUGUUCAGUGGACUUCUGUAACAUCCACGAAUUGCCCCAAUGCCUCAUGCUGACUAUCUACAUUAUAUUAUGAAUGAAAGGUAAAUAUUCAAAUGAACUGAAACAAAAACAAAUUAUGUUAAAUGGAAUGAUAAUGAAAGUACCGUAUAAGAAACUGAAACAUAAAUUUGAAGAAAAACAAAAUUGAAGAGAGAAAAUAUGGUUAAUGUACUGACACAUUUGAAAUUAACUUUAAAUUGUUGAAUUCAUUUUUAGAAAAAAACAUUUUUUUUAAAAUGUGAAUAUUCUCCUAGUUAUAAUCCUCUGAAUAAAAGAAAUGCUACUUGUGUUUUAAUUGUGAAACUAUCAGAAUUUUAGUGAAUUUAGUUGAAUCGAUUUAAAAAUGAAUAAUUGUAAAUGCAUAUUUUCUCACCAAGAUCUAAUUAUCUUAAUGAUUUGAAAAUGAGGUAUAUUUUGGAAUCCUUGCAGAAUGAUAAAAAAAAACAUUUUAAAAUUUGAAUGAAUAAAUUUGAUUAAAAAAAGAACAAAUAGAUAGGAUUAUUUAAAUAGAAAGCACUUUUGUUUGUUAAAUAUGUGCAAUUUUGAUACUUUGAUUAAUUUAAAGCAAAAACUUUUCAGAAAUAGAUUUGUAGUUAAUACAAUAUCUAUUAAAAAAAAGCAGGCUUACAAAAUAUACUGUAGAAAUGUAAAAUGAGUGUAUUGUAUCUUAUGUCAUAUACAUGAAUUGAAAUAGUCUCAACCUGAUGAUUAUGAGGCAGUAUGAUAAACGGUAUAGAAUAAUGACACUAAUGAAGUGAAAGUCACUAUAACUACCAGUAAACAGUGCUUUGACCACUACUAGUAUGUGCUGUAUUUAUGGUUACAACAAAAAUAUGAAUUGUGAACAUAUUAAAAUCAACAAAGAGAAAAAUGAA